UCACUGAUUGAAAAGUCCGAUCCAAGACCGCGCCGCGCCUACUUGUUUCAGACUAAGCUCUCCAAGAGAAAAAUAACGGGACAAAUUGUUUGCUUCUAGACAUCCAAGAAGACGCCAAAACCAAAGCAAACAUCUACUCCCAUCUAACAUCACUAUCCCUGCAACUCUCUUCUCUGUGAUCCCAUCAUGGCGGUGGUGUUGCGUUCCUCACCUCUCCUGUGGACCCGAGUGGCCGCCAUGGUUUUCGCCUGCGUGGCCUUCAGUGUUUCCAUUUACGGAUCGAGGCUCACCCACGGCACCGGCGACUGGUGCGUGUUCUGCUGGAGCUUCAGUUUCGUGGGAACUCUUCUGAUCAUCCUGGUGGAGAUGUUCGGCCUGCAGACCCGCGCUCCAGUCUCGUGGAAGAACUUUCCUAUCACAUUCGCCUGCUACGCUGCUCUUCUCUGCCUCUCUGCGUCCAUCAUAUUCCCCCUGUAUUUCCUAAAAGGCUUCGCUGGUCGCACUGAGAUGAUUAACUGCCGUAUCGUGUCCACCGUAUUUUCUUGCCUCGCCACCAUUGCGUAUUUAAGCGAGGUGAGUCUCAGUAAGGCCCGUCCAGGAGAAGUAUCCGGUUACAUGGCUACGGCACCAGGGCUGCUAAAAGUGUGCGAAACCUUCAUCGCCUGCAUCAUCUUCGUCUUCAUCAGCGAGCCUGAGUCGUACAAACAGAAUGCGGCGACCCAGUGGUGUUUGGCUGUGUACUGCAUCUGCUUCAUUUUAUCAGCAGGCAUCAUUGUGAUGUGUGUUGGCGAAUGCACGGGUUGCUUGCCUUUCUCCUUCGCUCGCUUCCUAUCCACGUAUGCCCUGCUGGCUGUGAGCAUGUAUCUGUCGGCCACCAUUAUUUGGCCAAUUUAUAAGUUUGACAAUAAGCACGGAGGCCAGAGCCACAGACCAAACAGCUGUGGGUCCAGCAUUGGACUUUGCCAGUGGGACAAACUGGUCGCCAUUACUGUGCUCAGCGCGCUUAACUUCAUUCUUUAUCUGGCGGAUCUCAUCUACUCCGCAAGGCUGGUGUUUGUUAAUGCUUAAGGGGUUAAGCAAGAAUUUAAAAAAAGAGCAGAGUAAUGCAAUAGGAAGGCAUAGAGAUUCAAUGUAGAAAGAGGGAAGUGGGUUGGAGAGUAGAGAUGGUGUAAUGGUAGGUCAUGAACUAUAUUAAGUGCUUGCUUUUUUAUCAAUCGUGUACAGAAGACAAGAACAUACAUUUUGGUGUCAGAAAGUGUUAGUUGUAAAAAAUGGAUACAAGAAAAUAAAACACACACACACACACACACACACACACACACACUAUAUAAAGCACUUGAAAUUUCUCUCUGGAUUUAUUACUUGCUUGAGUAACAAUUUUAGUUUUAUUCUUUAACAACAUUUUAUAUUUCUUAUAAAUGUAAAAUGCACAUCAUUAAGAGCUUUUUUUGCAUACAAUAACAAAGUCCCUUUAAGACAAGUCAUUUCGCUUGGCGGCCAUCUUUGAAACCCCUCUCGGGCAGUAUGUCUGGGCAUUCUGUUUGAAUGUGGAAACCUCAAAUUCUCCAAAAUUGCUUGCCAAGCUUAUGAUUGAAUUUAUAUUGGGAAUCACUAAUAAAAUCAAACAACAACUCUGUCUUUAGUUUAAUUUUUAAACAAUUUUAAAAUCUGCAGAAACUCAUGUCUGGUCCGAGCCCCUUCCUCUUAGUAUCAACAGUUGAUAGCGAUCGAAGAUUGGCUCCUGUACUAGAAGGCGGGCCUUAUUCGCCAUAUUGACCAAUACAUAUUUCCCUGUUCAAAAUUCAAAAUGGCAUGUCUUGUGUAUUCUAUAGUCUUUGAAAAUAAUUAGAGCCAUAGAGAGAGAGAGAGUUGCGACAACUCCAAUGACUCUAAUGGAAGGCAACAGAAAUGGUGGCUCAUGGAGCCUCUCAGUAGUUCCUGGAAGUUAGCAUUUAGGCUAUCUGAACCACGCACGGGUGUAUUUCUCGGUUCGUUUGACAAGUGUGAGUGCUCCGAAUCAUGCCCAGGCAUGGUUCAGUUGGCUGGCCCUGGCCUGGUUGGAAGAGGUGUGCCAGAGCGUGGUUCAGUUGGGCUUUGGCACGAUACGCUUGUAGUGUGAGUGCAAAGCGCACCUGAGCCCAAAACUGAAGACACGACGUCACUUUUAGGAGACCGCUUCAUAUAUGAAAAUCUAAUAGACGUUUAAGAAUAGACUGAAACUAGACUAGUCAUCAAACAAAUGACUACACAUAUAAAAAGUCUGUCUAAUCUGUCUAUUUGACCACUAGUCUAGUUUUGGGCUAUUCUUAGACGUCUAUAAGAUUUUCACUGACCGCCCAAGUAAACCUUGUUUUAGCCAAGCUGUCUACGUUUAGAUGUCUAUUAGACGUCUAUUAAACACACAGUUGUUUGCUGGACUACGAAGUUUCUAAAAAAAGGUUGUGUAGGUUCUAAAGUUAUCUAACAUUAUUUGAAUUAACUGCAAAGCACUUCCUGGAACUAUUUCAGUCUACAUGAAUCAUGCAACGAUCAAACCUUUUCAUUUUAAAUUGUUUCAUCUCUCUCUGUUUGUCUAUGGCUCUGAAAAUAACUAAAGGUGCCAGGUUUCAGACAUAAUGUCACUACCUAAUAAUUCCAGAGAAACAGUGAAUUUUCAAGUGACCCCUAAUUUUUUUUCUCCAUUUAAAUUUUUAGUAUUUUAGUAUUUUUAGUAUUAAGUUGAACCAUUUGUUGUUCUUAACUCAAUGUAUUUUUAAAAACAAUCUAUUUUGCUCAUUAAGGAUGCAUUUAUUUGAUCAGAAUACAGUAAUAAUUGCAAAUGUUGUUCCUCUUUCCAUUCAUUCAUUUGGCAAAACUAAAUCAGCACCUAUUACAUCUUUUAUAAAUAGGAAAGUUCCAAAGUACAGCACUUACUUUCAAUAGAAAUCUUUCUAUAGUAAUUUAGAUGUCGUUACUGUUCAUUUUGAUCGACUGAAUGCCUCUUACUGAACAUAAUUAAUUAUUAUUUAAUAUAAGUCUUAUAAGUAAUUAAUCUAAAAAAAUAGUAAAUGUAUUUGCAUCUUCUGUGCGAAAUGUCCAGACCAACUAAAUUUGCACCAGAUGCAUGGAGAAAAAAUUAUUAUUUACAUUGUUUCAUUGAUUACAUUUCACUUUCAAUAAAUAAAUACUAUUUAUGCUGCUUUGUGCUUUAAAGUUGCUUUGCAUGAGGGAUUUUUUUGAUAGCUUCUAGUUUAGUGACGUUGUUUGAGUGAAUGUCAAAUUGCCAAUCAGUCUAUAACACCCUCCUUUUCAUUCAGGUUUAUCAGCACCAGUUCAGAACGAUGUGUUUGCACUUAAUAUCUGUGAUGUAAAACUUGACACUUUUCAGUACAUUACACUGCUCUUUGGUGCGAAUAUGUCAAACCGUUGACAUGGUAAGUUUAUUCUUAAAAUGUAACUCUGUUACAUAAGACACGUUGAAAACGAAGGGAUCUAUAAAUGUAUAUUUGGACAUAUCAUUAAACGUUGAAGUCAGCCGAUUUGCAUGUAAUCCCUCGAUUGAAUUGGCGUUAUCAGUGGUUAUCAGCUGAUAGAUAUAGGCCAGUAGGGGACUUCUGCGCCUACUGGUAUGCUUAAAAUGCUGUUAUCAUCCAUCCACAUGGUUAAUCAGCUAUAGAUCAGAAAUUUAUUAAAUUUCCCAUUAAUUGUAUUUUAUUAACGUCUACCCCUACACCAACCCUAAACCCAAUCAUCACAGUAAUGUAAAAACAGAUCUGGAUCUGAAGUCUUCUCUAUUAGUAUAGCAGAUUAACCAUAGGAAUUAUUUAUUACAUUUCCCAUUAAUUGUAUUUUAUUACUGUCUACCCCGUUUCCCAGUGUUGGGUUGCAGCUGGAAGGGAAUCCACUGCGUAAAACAUAUGCUGGAUGAGUAGGCGGCUCAUUCCGCUGUGGCGACCCCAGAUUAAUAAAGGUACUAAGCCGAAAAGAAAAUGAAUGAAUGGAUAAUGUCUACCUCUACCCCAACCCUAAACCCAACCAUCACAGUAAUGUAAAAACAGAUCUAGAUCUGGAGUCUUCUCUAUUAGUAUAGCUAAUUAACCAUGUGGAUGGAUGAUAACAGCCUUCUGAGACUACCAGUAGGCGCAGAAGGCCCCUAGUGGGCUAUAUCUAUCAGCUGAUAACCACUAAUAACGCCCAUUCAAUCGAGUGAUAACAUUCGAAGCGGGUGUUUAAGACAUCUUGAAUAUAUUGUUUUCUUAUAAACACAUUGUACGGGAUUCAUAUACGGGACAUUGUUGCUUUAUGUGUGCUCAAUUGUGUUUGCAAAGUAUAUGCAAAUGCUGUAGAAAGUUGCUGUUCCUUUGUAUACCAGCUGGCUGAAUCAGUUACACAAACACCUCACGAUAAAGAAAGAAAAUGAAAUGUUGUUUGCUGUGCUGUAAGUCUCUGGGAUCUGCAUGUGCCUGUCACAAACUGUUACGCAGUCCUCGAUGCUUGAAUGAGAAUGUUUUCAUUGUGUUUUCAAAGAGCGAGAGAGCAUGUGUGCCUCUCUCUAUCUCUCUCUCUCUCUCUCUGAGGAGAACAGCACACACCGCAGCCUUGUGUGAAUGUGUAAUCAAGCUCUCAAUAAAAACCACGAAGAAACAA